AUCACACAGUUUACUAACACAGGAGAAAGAAACCAAAUGGCUGAAACCAGUUCAUUCUGUUUUGUUAAGGAAACAAAAUAACAUUCUGACCUAGAAAAUACUUUGGAAAAGUAAAUUAAGUGUUUGCUGCACAAAGUUAAACUAGAGACCAAUAUACCAUUUACUUCCAGGACUGCUGAUACUGUGUUUUGUUUACAGUCGGUACCUGUAAAUUAUUUUUUUCCAGGCAUUUCCAUUGUAGACUAAUACUUCAAAAGUUUCACUGAAGACAAAAAUCACAAAUCUUUUAAGAUGAAUAAAGAGAUUUUUAGAAGUCUCCGAGUCUUAGAAGAGUCACAGAUCUAGUAAGAAUGAAUCUGAAUCUUUCCUUGACUGCCAAACCAAGGCAUGAACAAAGUCAAAUCUAAAGGACCAAAAAAACAAACAAACCCCAUUUGUUUAACAGGGAGCCGUUGUCUGCAUAUGUUCUCUCUACAUCUGCCUCCUGAGAGAGGGUGUUUUGUUCCCACCUGUGUGAGUAGUUCUGUGCUAUGGGUACGUAAAUGAGCAUUAGUGUGUGUGAAUGGGUGUCAGUGAUCUACCUGUCAGUGCCUGUGAGGGUGUUAUCGUGUGUGUCAGUCUGUCUAUGGCUGAAGUUAUGCAUGUGUGUAAUCGCAUUAAAUAGAGCUGUGAUAAAAUGACACAUGUUCAUGCCAAAAAUGCGGUUUACUAUUAACGUAGAUGUUAGUAAAGAUGAGGUGGGGGGGCGGUGUCUCUGCGUGUAACUAUCUCUGCAGAGGUGACUGCGCGGGGGUUCCGUCUAUGUGCGGCUCUGUAUCUGUAGGGAUGGCUGCUGUUUGUAGCAGAACAACUCUCCCGGUGUCAGGAACUUCGCUAGGCGGCUGGUGCGCUCCCUUCCCACGUCGGAAAGCUCCAGCCAGCUGUCCAAGGAAACUAACCAUAACUGCUGGCUCCUUCCCUGCUCUCCCCAGUCUCGCAGCCCCGAAAAGCGCUCUGGGUGUCAGCAGGGAGGGUAGGUGGAGCGGAGCUAACACGCGCCCGUGAGAAAGCAGCUUCUCCCGGAGCCGCUGCUGCGUGCUGCGCUCCGUCCCCAGUUCCCGGGCUUGGAGCGGAGCCGGCGAUUGGGCUGGGGCUGAGUGGGUGGCGGCCACUCCCGGCUCUGCCACCACCUAAGGAGGCUGAACUCUGCUCCUCAGCCCGCUCCCGCCUCCCGCUCCCUCCGCCCUCGCCUAGUGCGGAGCAGCGCCGCGGCGAGUCUUCAGGGUGGCACGGCGGGACCUGCGCUCCCAGGCGGCGCGGGGAGGGAGAGGCACAUGCCGCCCCCCGGGCGCCCCUUCUCCUGCCUUCCGGAGCGGCCGAGCAGGCGGCGGCAGGGCGGGGGCCGGAUCCCCGAGGCGCGGACCCGCUGAGCUGCCGGGAAGAUGCUUUCUUGUCCCCCCAGAGACAGUUGCUGCUUUACCCCCAGACCUGUCUGACUUUAGUGGAGAGAUCAUGACUGAAGUCCUCUUUUCAGCUGUUUUGAACGGGACUGAAAGCAACAUUCUGUCAAACACUGGCUGGACUCCAGGAAAUGCCACUACCAACUGUUCCCUAACCAAAACCGGCUUCCAGUUCUAUUACCUGCCCACUGUCUACAUUCUAGUCUUUAUCUCUGGAUUCCUGGGCAACAGUGUAGCAAUCUGGAUGUUUGUCUUCCACAUGAGGCCUUGGAGUGGCAUCUCAGUUUACAUGUUUAAUCUGGCAUUAGCUGAUUUCUUGUAUGUCUUGACACUCCCUGCUCUCAUCUUUUAUUACUUCAAUAAAACUGACUGGAUCUUCGGAGAUAUCAUGUGCAAACUGCAAAGGUUCAUCUUCCACGUGAACCUGUAUGGCAGCAUUUUGUUUCUGACUUGCAUCAGUGUACACCGAUACACAGGGGUAGUGUAUCCUUUGAAAUCACUUGGGAGACUGAAGAAAAAGAAUGCUGUUUACAUCAGUACCCUUGUUUGGGUCAUUGUUGUAGCUGGGAUUUCUCCUAUAUUGUUCUACUCUGGAACUGGGCUAAGGAAAAAUAAAACCAUUACCUGUUAUGAUACUACAGCUGAUGAUUAUCUGAGAAGUUACUUCAUUUACAGCAUGUGCACCACUGUGUUUAUAUUCUGCAUCCCAUUCAUAUUGAUUCUUGCUUGUUACGGACUAAUAGUGAAAGCUUUGAUUUACAAGGAUUUGGACAAUUCUCCUCUUAGGAGAAAAUCAAUUUACCUGGUUAUUAUUGUGUUGAUGGUCUUUGCCGUGUCUUAUCUUCCCUUUCAUGUGAUGAAGACAUUGAAUCUAAGAGCCAGACUGGAUUUUCAGACUCCACAAAUGUGUGCCUUCAAUAACAAAGUAUAUGCCACUUACCAAGUGACAAGGGGGUUAGCUAGUCUCAACAGCUGUGUAGAUCCUAUUCUGUAUUUUUUGGCAGGUGAUACCUUUCGAAGUAGACUUUCAAGGGCAACCAGAAAAGCAUCUAGAAGAAGUGAGCUCAAUGUGCAAUCAAAAAGCGAGGAAGUGACUCUCAAUAUUUUAGCAGAAUAUAAAGUGAAUGGAGACACGAGUUUGUGAAUGCAAAAGAUUUGCAAGCAGUUGCAAAAAACAAAACAAAACUGUCCGUUUUUAACACAGUUAGAUGCUCUAGUGCCAUGAUUGUUUGGGGAAAAUCUACUGAACUGGCCGGCAAGCUUGCUCUUUUUGUGUCAGGGGUUGUCUCAUUUUGUGAGUUUAAGGAGAACUUAAGCAAAGUAAGUGUAAAAAAAAAAAUCUUAAUGGGGAGCAAAAAUACAUCAGAUUUCUGUUUUUACCUUUUUAAAAAAUGCUCACAAUAGUAUAUCUUCCUGACUGGUGUCAGAUAAAAUAAGACAAAGCAAAUCCCAUAGAGGAAAAAAUAAUUUCAGAUGGCCUGCUGUUAUUAAUUAUUUUCUCUCCAUUAAUAAUAACAGAUUUAAAAAAAAUUAAAUCUCCAAGAAAAAUAAACUUCUUUUCUGGGCCUCUGUCCAUACUUCCAUCCAUAGCCUCUUCUUUUACACUUACAUUGUAAAAAAUUGUUUACAUUAAGAUCAUGUUGCAGCAGUCUUGAACAUUAUCUUGUGAUUUCUAUAUCUUCUACUUUUGGAGCAAAUGAUAAUAUUUUGAUAGCUCAGUGGUGCCCUUUCUGGUUCUAUCUUCGCUGAAGGCUUGAUUCCUAUAAGGAUAGGUUCCAGGCUCAUGUGUAUUAUGACCGUCACAAAUUAUUGUGAUUGUACAUGAAAACUAAGGGUGAAAUGUUGGCAAUAUUGAAGUCAAUGCUAUUGAUUUUAGAGGGGCCAGAAUUUCACUCGGAUGUUUCAACACAGACUGAUGUCUAUUUUGCUUUUUGUGCAAGCAGCUACCUAUGCACGCACAAUCGCAGUACAUUUUGAGUGUAGAUAUCACCUACAAAUCUGAGUACAAAAAAUUGGCACUGUAUAUCUAAAUAUCCAAUAUUUUAGUCGUUGCUGAAGUAAAACCCUCAUUGUCUUCAGUGGAAAGAACCAAAUAAUGGACCUGAAUAAAGACUGCAGGAAUGGGUUCUGCUUGGGCAAAUGGCAGAACUAAAUUUAUAGAUUUGGAAGAGGCUUGCUCUUUAGAGUUACAAAUUUUGGCCAACACUUCACUGCGGCUCUGACACUCAGCAUCUGAGGCUGGAAGUUUGUGUGAAUUCUCUUAUGGGUAACAAACUCUAUUAUUGAAAAUACUUCAAUUUUUAUCCACAUAAAAGCCAGAGAUAUUUGAAUUAUCUUAACCUUCAUUUGGUACAAGCAUUUUUCUCUUUCUUAUCUUGUGUGAUAACACAAGCUGUUUCCCAGGCAAAUUCUUAUCAAAAUGGGUUAAAGAACAAUAUUUGUUGGAAUCAGGAAAAAAAAAAGAUAAACUUCAUUUUUUUUUUACUGUGAAUAAAGAAUUACUGUAUCAACAAAAUGUUGCAAUACACGGCCAAUAAUUUCAUGCUGGGGAGUGGGUACCUUCAUAAUUUGUCUCAUACAAAUGUGUAAAAUGGUCACCUAAAAUUGGGCAGAAUAAUACAUUGUGUAAUGCAUCAGUCAGUGAGGAGUUGAGCACAGACAGAAUCUGUGGGGAACAGAACCUUAUUUAUUUCACAUGGAUAUUGUUUGAAAUGUGUCUGAAAGUAUUAUUGAAUCUGGUGCACAAAAUGAUGUGAUAUGUAAUCAGUAAAUGGUUUUAACAAAUCCUCAGCCCCCACAAACUUUAUACUAGGAAUAAAAAUAAACUAUUUCUAUCUUGCUUAUUAAUUUCCAAGGACUGACUACAUGCAGAAAAUGAAUAGCUCUAAAUGUCUCUUGACUAAAUUGUUAAGCAGUUUACAUUCAGAAAUACAAAACUACUUAACCUGCAAAAAUUAUUUAUUUAACUUAUUUAUUGGAAGACUAAGUACAAAUAUGAAGUGUUGUCUGAUAACAUUUUAAAUGAUUCUGUUUUUCAUUUUCAUAAUUGAGCAUUAAUGGAAAAAAUAGAAUGGUGUGUUUGAAUUGUUGUAAUUGUACUCUAAUAGAACAUCUUUUAUAAUAAACUCUCAGAUCCAGCGCUGCAAGACAUUUUGGACUACCAUUUGCUGUUGAUAUGCAGUCUACACGUAAAUUAAGCUACUGUUUAGCAAGCAUAAUAUUUUACAGUAAUGCUAAAAAUCUCAUUUAAUCCUAUAAAUCCAAGAAAAUGUAGAGCAAAUGCAAAAAGUCAAGGCUAGUGUUCCUCUUUGUGACAAAACAUUGUUGAAUGUACAGACCUUGGUUCUCAUUUAUAAGGCUAAGUCUACCUUAGAGACCUUACUGUGGCACAGCUAUACCGCUGUAGCUGAGCUGCUGUAAGGUCUCCUGUGUAGCUACUCUAUGCCGGUGGGAGAGAGCUCUCCCACUGACAUAGCUCUGUCCACACAGGCACUUUUGUCUGUGAAACUUACUCCAUUUUCACACCCCUGACUGACAAAAAUUUUGCUGACAAAAGUGCUAGUGGAGACAAAGCCUAAGGCUCCCUUACGCUGCCAGAGAAUGAGAAUCAACCCCACAGUACAUGGUGUGUAACUGGUGGGCUUGGCAGAUGAAUUAAGGAUAGUGUCAGAAUGGAUUUGCAGACUGUGCAAUGAAUGGGUUUUUAUAGGUUUAAAAUCAUGUUAUUUUCACAGUUUUGUGGUCUUUUUCUUUUUUCCUUCAGUUAGGGAAUAAAAUGUUGCAUCAAUUAGGGAAUAAAAUGUUGUACUAAUUGGGAACUUUUGAACCAUGAAACACACAUACUCAAUAGAUAGUCAGUCCUCAGAUUCAGAUAAGUCUGUAUUUAGAUACUUUAAAAAAAUAUAUAAUCAACCCACUUUUAUUUUUUUAAAUGUGUAUCAAAACUAUGCUAAACCUUUAUUGGCUAUUCAUUAAUGUAUAUGAGACCUUAAAAAUCAAGAGAAGCAACAAAAUUGUAGGGAUACAAUUGUAAGACAUAGGUACAGCUCAUAAGGAGGGGCAGGGAGGAUCUGCACAACUCCAUGGGAAACUCAAAGGCAGUAUUUACCCUUCUUAAGUGGCAGAAUGCCCACCGCUCUGCUUCUUUGUGGAGUACACCAUUCUCCCUAAAGUACAUUGAUUUCCAAACAUGGACUGUUUCUGUGCCUUCCACACAACAGUGGAAAGUUAAUUUUGACUCAUCUUGCCUGCAUAUACUCACUUAAGAGACCAACCCAAUACCUCACUAUUGUCCAUUGUGGUAAUAUUGCAUGUAAUGAGGAUUAUUUUUUAAAGGUGACUUGCAGAGGCAAGGCUCCUCGUUCCAGUAACUUUAGCUCAGUUAUGCCCUGGAAGUUUCCAUGAUGCAGUUAAGAGGGGCAUUAAGUACAUUUUUAUCUUAAAACUUAUUCUCUUUUCCUUCUUUCAGGUCCUGUGACAUUCAGAACUACCAACAACCAGUACCUCCAUCCUAUUCUGAUGUGAGUCCCUGACAUGCACCAUUCUGAGAUGACACAACUACCACAACUGAGUUCAGCUGGAACAUGGAACUGGUCCACAGAAUCUCACGUUAAGUCCCCACUUUUUUUUUUAACAUUACUAUAUUUGGCACACAUUCUGCGCCUCAGAUUAGAUAGAGCUACUACAAAAUCAUGGCACAGGAUAACAAGAGUGACUCUAACUCAGUGCUCCAACAUGACUACUUUGUACCUGCAACAUCACAGCAUGGUGUGUGUUGGGUAAUCGCAUCUGAGGAGGAUCUGGGCUGGAUGUCAUGGGACCAGAAAUAAAUUGUUUUCUUGCUCAGUGUGCCAUAGCUCCUGGGGGAAUUUGUCAAAUAUAUUGGUAAAGACUACUGCCAUGUGGGAUGUAAUCUUAUUAAAAUAAAUUUAAUAGUAGUGAAAGGUAACCAGCCUGACAGGCCUUGAGACCAACGGAUCCCCCUCCAUCUAUUAACAGCGCUGGCAUCAGCAAAGAAAAUCCCCUAAACUGCCUCUCACCACAUCUCUCAUGCUGACCCUAGUGGAACCACUUAUAGGUAUGUGAGGCGAAUACAGUUUUCAUUUCCAUUCAGACCUUUGCUGACACUGCUGAGACUGAUGCCAUUUAGUGACAGUGGUAAUAGUGGGCUUUGUAGCCCUGUUUACUAGGACCUGGACUCAGGUAAUCACCUCCUUACACAAAGUAUUCCUAACAGUACUGACUUAACUCUUUAUUGUGAUGGGCUGGACUUGAACCUUGAGCCAGCUAUUUUCUCUUGGCAUCUUUGCUGGUAGUCUUCUAAAUAUUUAUUUAUUUAUUUAUUUAGAGAUCCAUAAAAGCUCUUGAUAAACACUUUCUUUUUUAAUUACCUUUUAAAGAAAUGAAUAUUUGACCUAAACAGAGCUACAAUGAUCUAUACAGAAACAAAUGACUAUUCAUGGUAUGUUUGCAUUUUGUAGCACCAUAGGGUCAAAUUUGCCUCAUUUAUGCCCAUGUGCUCCCAGGAGGGAUGUCUAAUACAAAAUGAAGCAAUUGUAAUCUAGUUACUGUAUGUGGGCUGUGGGCACUUUGGAAACUUCAAUAGCUUGAUAUCUUGGGUAUUUAAAUUUGUUGUUUUUAAACUAUCAGAUUUGAGUCCAGUUUAUGUAUUAGUAGCCUAAUGAAAAUUUAAUUUUAAAGACACCAAGUGCCAAAUUUUGCCACUGGAUGCACAUGAGUAACGCCCAUUGAAUUUAGGGAUAGCUUCCUUUGUGCAUUUGAGGACAGAAUUUGGGAUUGAGUUAUUAUUUUAUAGAACAAUAUAAUCAGAAUCUUCUUAUAGCUCAGUGGGUUGAGCAUUAGCCUGCUAAACUAAACCCAGGGUUGUGAGUUCAGUCCUUGAGGGGGCCAUUUAGGGAUCUAGGGCAAAAAAAUAAAAAUAAAAACUGUAAGGGAUAGUAGUUGGUCCUGUUAGUGAAGGCAGGGGACUGGACUCCAUGACCUUUUUAGGUCCCUUCCAGUUCUAUGAGAUAGGUAUAUCUCCAUAUAUUGUUAUUAUUGUAUUUAUUAAUAAGGGUCACAUUACAUUAUUGCAACAUUAAACCCGUGGUAGGGAUUUUCCUAUAGCCAAGAUGCCACUGAAUCCUUCCCUUAUGAGGAAAAAUGGGGGAACAGUGGAGGCAGGGGACCCAGGACCUGGACACCACAGCUCUGCCAAGGGCCAGCACUCCUCCCUUCUGGCAGCGUGGGUUCUUAAGAAGUGGGGUUGCUACUGGUCAUUCCAUCUGAGCUUGUGCUAUUUUUCCCCUCUGUGGAGAAGAUACAGUGCAGACCACAGGGUGGAGAAUUAACCCCUGCUCCUUUUGUCCACUGCAUUUCCACUGGAUUCUGAGAGGCACAUGCUAUGUAAAAUGGCUGUUCCUUUUAUUCAUUCACCGCCUAUCCCCAAAAGUGAGUAGAGUUCCUCUGGGUCUCAGGCACAGAAGAAGGGGAAAACAUGCUAUCCUGGCUUGGCUUACUCCCACUGCUUCUGGGGCAUUUUUGCCCCAUAUUGCUUUAGUCUUUUAUUUGGUCUCCUGUGUUCCUCACAGCCAAAGGAAGUGGUCCUAACAUCUUGCCCAUCUUUCAGAAAUGUAAAUUAAUACACAUUAAUAUCCAAGCAUUAUAAUAUCCACUUUCUGCCUUGCGUAAAGUUUGCUGGAUAGUCUAUAUGCUUCCCCAUGGGGUAAAUUCUACCUGCAGUUCUCUCUAGACAUUUAUUUCAUGCUCAUGAGCAUGGCUUCUGAGUACCUAUGUGGGCACAAUGCCCAGAAAUAUAUCUGGAAGUUCUAGCACUAAUAAUACCUAACAUUCAUAUAAUAGCUUACAUGUUCAGUGUAGUGAUAUACAAACGUUAAGUCCUCUCUAAUGUAGGUAGGUAUCGUUAUUCCUAUUUUAUACACAGGCAAACUGACACAGAGAGGUGAAGCAAAUUGCCUAUACAGUUAAUCAGCAACAGAGCCAGGAUUAGAAUUUGGACGAUUCUGAUUCCCAAACCAGUGUUCAUUCAGCUGAUUUCUUGUACAUGUAAUUAAUGGGAGUCUUGCAUGCAUAUUCAAGGGCAGAAUUUAACCCUUAAGAAAGUUGUCUGAGAACCACUAAAAAAUCUUUAACUACAGUAUAGUAGCUUGACUUGCAGCAUUUUAUCACUCUUACAUUUGCUGUAUUAUUUUUAACUCCAGAUGUUUUGGUCACCAUUGAGAAUUUGACCACUUAAUCUAUAUCUGUUACAAAAUGUUAUGUCUGGGAUGUAAAUUGUAUUGGCAUCAUCAUUUCAAACUAAUAUGAAGGAAUAAAAUGUGAUUUACAUGCUUAAUGUUUUGUGAAUUUGGACUACAGUGUGUUUCAAGUGCAUAUGUGAAAAUUGUUUAUUUUUCUAUAAUUCUAUGAGAUUAAUAUUGUUUAGUGUAUCCAAAAUUUGUGAUUAGUGCUGCCAUUUAAUUUGACUUGCCUAUGGAGACAGUGUUACUCAAUAUUUAAGCUUCUCAGGUUCUGUAGUUCAUUUAAAUCAAUAGUAACUAAAAAAACUAGUUGUGCAUAACUCUUGAAUAAAGUGAUUGUCUAUUUUCUAUAAAGCAUUGUGUCAUUUGCAUGCAGUUUUUGUGUAAGGCAUGGUGAUAGAAACUGUAACUAUUUUUAGUGACAACAGAACUGCAAUGCAACCACCAGAGUUACUGGCAUUGUACCUAUCAACUUCAGACUGAAUAAAACCCAAUAAAAUUAUGAAUGCUG